UAAAAAUUUCAUUACACCAUGUCUUGAUUCUCUUCUGAAAUUCACCCUAACUUAUAAUCUGGACGCAUCCGUACUUGUGACAGCGACUACUGAAGUAUGGUGGCACAUGCCUUGCUGUCAUAUCAGACCUGUAAUGGACGCUGAGGAUGAUUCCGUACGGAUGAGCCAACGGCUGAGAUUGUUUCUCCGCCAACUUCUCUCUCUACUUACUUCUUCAAUUUCAGCUUUGGCCGGCUCACCCUAUAAAACCACUCCUCCUCCUUUCUACCCGUUUUCUUUUGUUUUUCGUUCUUUUGCCGAGUCUUGAGUGAUACCGUUUAUAUCCAUAUGGUGAUGUUAUGGAAGAAGAAGAGGAAACUCUGUCGUCUCCUUCUUCUUUUCAACCCAACUUCUAAAAAUGGGUUUCCCUUCCCUUUUUUCUAUCUUUUGCUUUAGAGUUUAGGGUUUGCCUUUCCAGUGCAAUAAUUGCAGUAUGAGCGAGGAUUGGGAUUUCUGUUGGAUUUUUUUAAAUUCAGAAUAACAACACUUCAAUUCCGUUUUCUCUUCUCUUGUCUUCUCUUCUUUCAAACAAGAAACUAAGUUUGAUAUGAAGCUUUCAGCAUCAGGCCUGGGACAGCAGGCUUAUGAAGGGGAAAACAAGUGCUUGAACUCAGAGCUAUGGCACGCCUGCGCUGGGCCACUGGUAUGUCUACCCACCGUGGGAAGCCGUGUGGUCUACUUUCCUCAGGGUCAUAGCGAGCAGGUAGCAGCCACCACUAACAAGGAGGUUGACGCCCACAUUCCAAAUUACCCCAACUUGCCUCCUCAGUUGAUAUGCCAACUCCACAAUGUUACCAUGCAUGCUGAUGUUGAGACAGAUGAAGUAUAUGCCCAAAUGACAUUGCAGCCUUUGACCCCAGAAGAGCAGAAGGAUACAUUUCUUCCAAUGGACUUGGGAGUUCCAAGCAAGCAGCCAACCAAUUAUUUCUGCAAGACACUGACAGCAAGUGAUACUAGUACCCAUGGUGGUUUUUCUGUUCCUCGUCGUGCUGCUGAGAAAGUCUUUCCUCCACUGGACUUCUCGCAGCAGCCACCAGCUCAAGAACUUAUUGCAAGGGAUCUCCAUGACGUUGAGUGGAAAUUUAGACAUAUCUUUAGAGGACAGCCUAAACGCCACCUUCUUACGACAGGCUGGAGUGUGUUUGUUAGUGCCAAGAGACUUGUUGCUGGGGAUUCUGUUCUUUUUAUUUGGAAUGAAAAGAAUCAGCUUCUUUUGGGAAUUCGUCAUGCCACUCGUCCACAAACUGUAAUGCCAUCAUCAGUUUUAUCUAGUGAUAGCAUGCACAUUGGACUCCUUGCAGCUGCAGCUCAUGCUGCUGCAACUAAUAGCUGCUUUACAGUAUUUUAUAAUCCAAGGGCUAGUCCAUCUGAGUUUGUUAUACCCCUUUCAAAAUACGUUAAGGCUGUUUUCCACACACGUGUCUUAGUUGGGAUGCGUUUUCGGAUGCUUUUUGAGACAGAAGAAUCAAGUGUUCGUAGGUAUAUGGGUACAAUAACUGGUAUAAGUGAUUUGGAUCCUGUUCGCUGGCCAAAUUCCCAUUGGCGGUCUGUGAAGGUUGGUUGGGAUGAGUCAACAGCAGGUGAGAGACAGCCAAGGGUAUCAUUGUGGGAGAUUGAGCCGUUAACAACUUUUCCAAUGUAUCCAUCUCUGUUUCCCCUCAGACUGAAACGCCCUUGGCAUCCCGGUUCCUCAUCUUUGCAUGAUAACAGAGAUGAUAUAUCUAAUGGGUUAAUGUGGCUAAGAGGGGGAUCUGGAGAGCAAGGACUACACUCUCUGAAUCUUCAGUCUUUCAGCUCAUUUUCAUGGAUGCAGCAGAGACUAGAUCCGAGUUUCCCUGGAAAUGACCAUAAUCUGCAGUACCAAGCCAUGCUGGCCAAUGGGAUGCAGAAUCUAGGAAGUGGGGAUCCCCUGAGACAGCCGCUGCAGCAAUCUUUGCAGUUUGUUCAACAGCCAGGCAGCCAUAAUUUACUGUUGCAGCAGCAGCUAGCUGUUUCACAGUCGGUUCCACAUAACAUUGUGCAGGCACAAUCCCAAAUUCUAAACUUGCCCCCGGUCCUUGGGCAGGAGCAAGUAGGAACUCUGCCAGAGGAACAGGCUCAGCAACAGCAUAACAUAAUUCAAAGUGAUCAGCUCCAACAGAGGCAGCCGACGAAUAUGCCUCAAUCAUUUCUGAAAACAGAUUUUAUAGACUCAGCAAAGGUCUCAGGAUCUGUUCCCCCUGUCCAGAAUAUGCUGGGUUCAUUGUGUCCUGAAAGCAGUGCAAAUCUUCUUAACUUCUCUAGAACUGGUCAGUCAAUGCCAGCUGAUCAGUUACCCCAGCAAUCCUGGGCUCCAAAGUAUGCUCAUUCACAGGUAAUUACCUUUGCUAGCUCAACAUCAUUUCCACAAGUGUUUCCUGGAAAAGAUGCUAUAAAAGAACCAGAAAUUGGUCACUCUGAUGCCCAGAAUUCAGCACUUUUUGGUGUUAACAACAAUUCAUAUGGCCUUCCACUCCCCACUGUGAUGCCUGGUUUUGCCACAUCUUCAAGUGAAGCUGAUGUGCCCUCGAUUCCAUUAGGGGAUCCCUCAUUCCAGAAUCCUCUGUAUGGUUGCAUGCAAGACUCUUCAGAACUGCGGAGCACUGGACAAGUUGACCCACUGAAUCCAACUCCAACAUUUGUCAAGGUUUAUAAAUCAGGGUCGGUGGGACGCUCAGUAGACAUCUCCAGGUUCAGCAGCUACCAUGAGCUGCGAGAGGAGCUGGCUCAGAAGUUUGGAAUUGAGGGGAAGUUGGAAGACCCUCUUAGAUCAGGCUGGCAGCUUGUAUUCGUCGACAGGGAGAAUGAUAUUCUUCUCCUUGGAGAUGACCCAUGGGAGGCUUUUGUGAAUAAUGUUUGGUACAUAAAGAUACUUUCAGCGGAGGAUGUGCAGAAGAUGGGGGAGCAAAGGGUGGAGCCUUUUAGCCCAACCCCAGGUCAAAGGAUGAAUAGCAGUGGCACUGCUACUGCCUCCGGUGGUCGAGAUUAUGUGUCUGGACUCUCAUCUGUUGGUUCACUUGAAUACUGAACCAAAUCCCAAUGAACUUUUUCCAGUAGCCCGACAUUGUGUGUUUGUGGUAUGGUUAGUAAGUACAUCAGAAUCAGACUUACGUGGGCACAGACUGCUAUUAUUUCCUUGAGAAUACGUGUACGGUGUAUCAAGUUCACAGCCCAGGCCUAGCCUAGGUUAAGGAAUUAAAUUAUCUCAAUAUAUUAUAUUAAAUGGUGUCCAAUUAAUUAAAAGAUCCUAUAAUGAAAACUCUUAUGAUUCAUUAAUCACGUGUGGCGCGCAUUCUCAUUUUUUUUUCUAAAUUGAGUGAGCAUAAUCAUUCACAA